ACCGGUCCGAAUCGGACAAAGGGAGGAAGUGAAGGGUCUGCCUCUGCUCCGUCUGCGUAACCUGCCACCGACGGGGUCCUGGAAGGGUGACGAGACAAAGACGUGGCCGGUCAGACUGUCGAGCUGCACUGGUUAGCAGACUGGUACUUGGAUUUCCAGACAGUUGGGGGUCGGGGGUACACAGGAGCAACAUCAAGGGUCUAAUCUGACUGACGGCUGUUGGGGAGACCUGGACAUGAAGUGGGCACGGCUGCUGCUCGUCUCUGUCGUCUCAGUUUUUUUCAGUGCCCGGUCCAUUGAGACCGUCCAGAUAAAUGGAACAGAAGGAGGCAAAAUACAACUUGAAUGCAAAUAUCCCGCAAAAUACCAGAAUCAAGAAAAAUACUUCUGCCGCCACCCUUGCAGAAGCAGCAGCGACGUCUUAGUCCGCACUAUGAAACAUGAAAGUGUGGAAACCAGAGGCAGAUUUACCCUCUAUGACUACACUUCUUAUAAUUACAUCAUCGUGUGGAUGAACAAUGUUCGGCUGAUGGACUCCGGCAAGUACUACUGUGGAAUUUCAUUGUUUUUCCAGGAUGUUUACAUUGGAAUGAACAUUAAAGUACUUCCAGGUUCUUCAGCAGCUGGAGUGACACGGCGCAUGACUGCCACUCCACCUUCAGCAGGGACUACAACAACAUCUCCUCCAACAGGUUUUUACAGUACACACACCCCGGUGUCUACAGUGGGUCCUCAGAGUGAAAGCACAACUGUGGGAAGUUCAUUUGAAAAUCCAGUUCUUGGCUGUUCAGCAGAAUUAUUGGUUGGCUUCCUCCUGGCUCUGAUUGUCCUCGCCAUCCUGCUAAUCACCAUCAUUUGCAGAAAAAGAAGAAAAAAGCUGCUCGGCUUUUUGUCUGCUGGGAGAAACAGAAACUCAGAGUGUGCCAGUCAGGAUUCUUUUACAUUUUAUGAAAAUGUACCCGGUGACUGGAAGCAUGCCUAUGAAAUUGUGGAGCUCCCUCUUCAUCCUCCUCCUCCUCCUCCUCCUUCGUUUGGAAAUGUUCCUCUGUAUUCAGUCAUCACCCAGAAAUGAUGAAGGCCGCUGAGCUUGGCUUGUAUUUAUAACGUGAGGUGUGGGACCCUGUGUGGCUCGGCUUUCUCCUGGUCACCUGUACUACCGGCCAUGUUUCAUUAGGUCAUCUGCCCAGAUGUGAAGCUGGAUAUCUGGAUCAAUGCUCUUGUGGAAGUCAAGCGGGGGUCCUCCGAGUUGGUCCCAGGGGGCCAUAGUAGGUGCUGAAGCAACGUUUCUGCAUUUUCUUUUGGUUCACUCGCUUGUUAAAGGAACUCUCCACCCAACAAGAUAUUUUUAUAUGUUACGUACCCCUUGUAGUUUGUAGUGAUGACUGUAAAAAUAUCAUAAUCUCAUGUUUUUUAUGCAGAACGGAGACAAUGUAAUGGACAUCUAUGGAGACCAACACUGGACGAUAGAAAAUGAGAACAAAAAUGUCCAUCAAAAAAUCUCACAUUACUUGUGUUGAAAAAUCCACACGUCAGGUCAUCCAGUCGUACGCUCACAACAUCCCGAAUGCAUGUACUGUAUUUGUCAUAAAAUAUUGUUUAAUAAACCACCUCUGGAAAACG